GUUGCAGUUGCGCUGCGGGACGGCCGCGGUGACGCUCAGGCCUCCGACUCUGCCCCGCGCUCCCCGACGCGUGCAGCCAUGACCCGCUCGCUCUUCAAGGCAAACUUCUGGAGUCCGGACAUCCUCAGCACCUCCGGCUACGACAACAUCAUCCAGCAUCUCAACAACGGCCGCAAGAACUGCAAAGAGUUUGAAGACUUCUUAAAAGAGAGAGCAUCAAUUGAAGAAAAGUAUGGCAAAGAUCUGCUUAACCUCUGCAGGAAGAAGGCGUGUGGACAGUUGGAGAUCAACACCCUGAAGCGGGCCCUUGAAGUCUUCAAGCAACAACUAGACAAUGUGGCGCAAUGUCACAUCCACCUUGCACAGACUCUGAGGGAAGAGGCCAAGAAGAUGGAAGAAUUCAGGGAAAAGCAAAAGCUCCUGCGGAAGAAGACAGAGGCUGUGAUGGAUGCUGCCCAUAAGCAAAGGCACUCCCAAUUCAAGAAAACCAUGGAAGCAAAGAAGAUGUAUGAACAGAAAUGCCGUGACAAGGACGAGGCGGAGCAGGCUGUCCACCGGAAUGCCAACCUGGUAAACCAGAAGCAACAGGAAAAGCUUUUUGUGAAACUGGCAACUUGUAAAACUGCAGUAGAAGACUCAGAUAAGGCAUACAUGGCGCACAUCAGCACGCUGGAUAAGAUCCGAGAGGAAUGGCAGAGUGAGCACAUCAAGGCCUGCGAGGUGUUUGAAGCUCAAGAAUGCGAGAGGAUAAACUUCUUCAGGAAUGCAUUGUGGGUCCAUGUGAAUCAGCUGUCACAGCAGUGUGUCACCAAUGAUAAUAUGUAUGAACAAAUCCGAAAGAGUUUAGAAAUGUGCAGCAUUGAGAAGGACAUCGAGUGCUUUGUGAAUCACCACAAAACUGGUCAGGUGCCACCAGCACCCAUCAUGUAUGAGAACUUCUACUCCCCCCAGAAGAAUGCAGCCCCUCCCAGAAAGGCUGCUGCACCUAACAUAGCAAGGAGAGGACCUCACCCAAUUCCUAAGAGUUUGCCAGAUGACCCUGAAUAUUCUUUGGUUGAUAACUACAGCUUGAUCUAUCAAUAACAUCUAUGAAACAAUGCUCUUUCUGACUGUGCUUCUGCGGACGGGGCACUCAGAAUCUCAGAAUCUGUAGAAAUGAUGUCAAUCCUGAAGACUUUGAAGUGAACUCUUGCUUUCAUCUUUUGAUAUGUACAAUUUAUAGUAGACAUUGAAUCCAGUGUAUCCUAGUAGAGUUCUGCAGUUUUUACAAACUGCUCCAAGCUGCGAAAGAUCCUUUCCUGAUCAGUCCCUUUUAGGUUGUGAAUGAAUUUUGUGUGUGUGUGUGUGUGUGUGUGUGUGUGUGUGUGUGUGGUUUAUUUUAUUUUUUCCCCCCACUUGAUCCAGGAAAGUCUGGGAUUUAGAGCCUGGAACUUGGUGAGAAGGUGGGAGGAGCAGAAGGUGGGAGGGGCAGCAGGGGCCUCUGAACCAAUCAACUUGCAAAAGCUCCUUUGGUUUGAAGGGCAGCCAAAGGACUGUGCACCGGGACCCACCCUCUCAGUGGUGCAAGAUUUACUGUCACCACCCUAUCUGGCCAUAGCCUUGGAGACCAUCCAUGUCAGUGUUCAUCAACCUUUUUACACCUGUGGACCAAAAUCUCCCUCCAUGGGUCCACGGAUGAGCAUUUCUAACCUGAGGCAGCAGACCAGAGCUUUUCCACCUUUCUACACCCCAUCCACCAGCACCAUCCCACGGACCCCUGGUUGAAGAACGCUGAUCUGCAUGAUGGUGCCUUCUCAUUUUACAGAUGAGGAGAUAAACCUCAGAAGUGGGCAAUCCCUUCCUGCACUCUUCUCCCUGCUGAUUUGGGCCAGAACCCUAACUGGAGGGCGAGCUCACCCUUCACCUCACCCUGCCUGAGGCUGUGAUGGGGCUGUUGAAAUGUAAGAUGCUCCAUGUUGUGGCCAGCAUCUUUUUAGCUGGAGAAAGUACCGGGCUGUAAAUGUCAAGUUUAUUUUUAUCUGGCUCCUGUGUGUGCUGCGCUCUGGAGCAGGCUGUUUCAUCUAAUCAAAGCAGCCAGGGACCAGAAGCCAGGAGCCUAUUUUUGAUACCCUGGAGAGUUGGGUGGGGGAGUGGACAGCUGUAACACUGAAUGGCAAAGGAUGUUUGAAUUUAAAAUGCUCAAGUGUGGGGGUCACCUAGCAGCACAUCCUCAAGUCCACGAGACGUGGGAUUUUGAUUUUAUUUCUGGAGACUUUUAGAGGGCCAGUGCCAGCCCCUGCACCUGAAUCUUCAGUGAGAAACACUGCCCUCACCAGCUCUGGACAUCCAGAUGUCCAUCUUAACCUUCUGCAAAUAUCUGACACUUCCUUUGGUCACCUGCGGACAGUUGGGCACUGGGGAGCACGCGUUGGGUGUAUUUUGGUUAGAGACUUGUUCACACUGAAGUGGUAUGUACCCUACAGCGUGACCCCACGAGAAUGGCCAGCUUCCUCUCCUGCUCAUUGCAAUUCCCUUCCUGAGACAGUGUUGACUUUGCUUGGAAGAUGCUGUCCCUCUCUCAUGUAUUCUGCUACCAAAAGUGACAGCCUCUAGUUGGGACAGGAAGCUUGCACCAUCGGUUGCUCAUCCUUUUGAGAAACUGAAGUUUGCUAAGGGCCACUGACUUCCCCAAAUGGAGCAGACUCAGGAAAUUUUCCUUUGAACUUAGAACUGUCUCCUUUAAUUUAUUUAUUGCCAGCCACUCCUCAGGGGUUUUACACUUCUCUCUGCUGGGUGUGUAAUGGGUGGGAAAGUGUCAGAUGAAUGAAAUUGACAUUCUGUGGAUCUUUCAGUUUGAAUGGAAGUCAAAUAAAGGUUCGUGGUGAUUGGGAAUUUCUUUUGC